AUUCUUCUCCCACAUGCGCGCUCCACAAACACCAGAGAGCAGAGCUAGCUGCUUCACGGGUUCGCCCGCUCAUCAGGAGGCGCCCUUCCCUUCCCUUCCCUUCCCCCCCGCACGCCGCCGCCGCCGCCGCGCUCCACGUACCCUAACCCCAAACUUGCUGCGCGCCCCGCCCCACCUAGUUGCUAGCUCUAGCUACGCUACCGAAGCCCGAUUAGCGGGGAUGAGGUCUCCCGCACAGGCGGCCCGUGCUGUUAACCGGUGCCUGCGGCGGCUUAAAGGCGCAGGCGCAGACGAGACGAGAGGUUCGGACCAAAUCGAUGGUCCUCGUCGCGGCGGGGAGCGUGAGCGUGGUGAAGCUGAUCUUCAGCCUGGCCGUCGCCAUCAACGCCGCGGCCAGCAAGGCGAGGCGGAACAGGGCCGACUGCCUCGACGUCGCCACCCGCGCCAGCACGCUCGACGCGGCCCUCUCCGCGCUCCACGACUCGGCGAAGGCGAAGGCGAAGCACCCGGCGGUGGCCGCCGCGCUCGAGGGCCUCCACCUCGCGCUCCACCGGGCCCUCCAGGCCGUCACGGACUGCCAGGACGACGGCGCCGUGUCCCGCCGCUUCAACGCCGACAGGGUGUCCGCCGAGCUGCGCCGGGCGAACCAGGUCAUCACGGAGCGGAUGAUGGACGUCAUCCUCGUCGCCGGAAUGCACACCAACAUCGUCGUCGUGCUUGACGCGCACCAGUCGAAGCAUCGUGGUGACGGCGGAUCACAGCUUCGCCCGCUACCGCAGAUUCAGGAGCCCUGUUCGCCGAUUUCUCGCAAGGAGGAGGAACUUCCUACCAUAUCAUCAGGUUUCAAUAGUUUUGAUUUCUCUGAAUUGGAGGUUGCUACAAGUAAAUUCUUGGAAGAAAACUUGAUUGGAAAAAGUGACUCUUGUACCGUGUACAAGGGUGCAUUACCCAAAGGGUCUGAAGUUGCCAUCAAAGAAUAUAGUAAGAAUCAAUACAAGGCUUGGAGAAAUGAAUGUCAGAAUGAGGAAAAGUUGGCGGAAAAGCUUCUGCAUAAGAAUAUUAUAAAACUUGUGGGCCGUUGCUCUUCUGGUGGACGGUAUUACCAGGUUUAUGAAUACAUGCACAAUCGAAGCUUGUCCGACCACCUACAUGGCAAUGGGCUACAGUGGCCAAAGCUCUUGAAUAUUAUCCGAGGGAUUGCCCAAGGUGCAGAUUAUCUGCAUGAGCAAUGUGGACUAGGCAUCAUCCAUCUCCAUUUAAAGCCCAGCAGCAUCCUCUUGGAUUAUGACUAUACUCCAAAGAUUUGUUAUUUUGGAAGCUCCAAGGUGUUACCUACUUCUGCCAAGGAGGGUGUAGUUGAUUUCGUAGUAUGCCCAUGUGGUUUCACGGCUUCAUUAUACACCAACUCUCUUGUAUUCUCAGCAAAGAGUGACGUCUACAGUUUUGGUGUCCUCCUCCUCGAUGUUGUCACUGGAUGGAGCCGCCAUCGGAAAGGGGAUGACAGGAAGGAACUUCUCAUUGUGUUUGUGUGGGAGUUUUGGCAGAACGGAAGGGAGGAUGACUGUGUUGACCCGAUGCUAUCCCGUGCCACCGGUGCAACGGCAUCACAGUUCCAGGAGAUGAAGAGGUGUGUCCACAUAGCGUUGCUCUGCCUGGAAGAGGACCCGGUGCUGCGCCCAGACAUGGCUGGCAUCCUCCGGAUGCUGGCCGACAAUAAUAGCCCGACGCCACGCCCGCAGCACCCAGCUUACACCACCUGAUCUUUGUAGAUGACCUGAUCAUAAGACAGAUAAAGCUCUAGUGUAGUGUGUCCCUGUUUAGGUUGGUACUCGUUGAUCCAUCAAACUGUAAACCAAACGCCGGAUUGUAUAUAUGCCGGCCUGUGGAAACGUAGCUUUUUUACCUGUUUCUGCCACACGAAUAGAUAGAUAGUGCCAUUGUUUUGUUCUCCACAUGACAUCGUUGUUGGAAAUAGUAAUGCAAUCUGUUAAAGAUCGAUCGUACAUUUGAUAUC